GCGCCGGGCCCCCUCCCCGCCCGCCGCCCCCAAGAUGCUGUUUUGGCACACGCAGCCGGAGCACUACAACCAGCACUCGACCGGCAGCUACCUGCGAGAUGUCCUUGCACUGCCGAUCUUCAAGCAGGAAGAACCGCAGCUGUCUCCUGAGAACGAUGCCAAACUGCCACCCUUUCAGUACGUCCUCUGCACAGCCACGUCACCUGCUGUGAAACUGCACGAAGAAACCCUGACCUACCUCAACCAAGGUCAGUCUUAUGAAAUCCGUCUACUUGAGAAUAGGAAAUUGGGAGAGUUUCAAGAUUUAAACACAAAAUAUGUAAAGAGCAUAAUUCGUGUAGUUUUCCAUGAUCGACGCCUGCAGUACACAGAGCACCAGCAGCUUGAGGGCUGGAGGUGGAGUCGGCCUGGGGACCGUAUCCUUGAUAUAGAUAUUCCGCUGUCAGUUGGUAUCUUGGAUCCCAGGGCCAGCCCAACCCAGUUGAACACUGUUGAAUUUCUGUGGGAUCCAUCAAAGAGAGCCUCAGCAUUCAUUCAGGUACAUUGCAUCAGCACAGAAUUUACUCCACGGAAACAUGGAGGAGAGAAAGGGGUGCCCUUCCGGGUGCAAAUCGACACCUUUAAGCAGAAUGAAAAUGGUGAAUACACAGAACACUUGCAUUCUGCAAGCUGCCAGAUCAAAGUGUUCAAGCCUAAAGGAGCAGACAGAAAACAGAAGACUGACAGGGAAAAAAUGGAGAAGAAGACCACCCAAGAGAAGGAGAAGUAUCAGCCUUCCUAUGAGACAACUAUUCUCACAGAGUGCUCUCCCUGGCCAGAUGUGCCUUAUCAAAUGAACAAUGCUCCAUCUCCAAGCUACAACAGUUCUCCCAACAGCUUCAACCUUGGAGAUGGCAACAGUUCUCCAACCCACCAAGUGGAGCUCCUGCCUCCCAGCAAUGAUCAUCUCCUUCCUUCUGCUUCUAUUCAAGAUGCCCAGCAGUGGCUUCAUCGUAAUAGGUUCUCUCCAUUCUGUAGACUCUUCUCAAGUUUUUCGGGUGCUGACUUACUGAAGAUGUCCAAAGAAGAUUUUGUUCAAAUCUGUGGGCCUGCUGAUGGAAUUCGGCUCUUUAAUGCAAUCAAAGGAAGAAAUGUAAGGCCCAAGAUGACAAUUUAUGUCUGUCAAGAACCAGAGCAAAACAGGUCCCAUCUCCACCAAAAACGAGAAAAUGGAGAUGGCAGUCUUUGUGUAUAUCAUGCAAUCUUCUUGGAAGAAUUGACCACGCUGGAAUUAAUAGAGAAGAUUGCAAACUUGUACAGCAUUUCUCCACAGCAGAUAAAUCGAAUCUAUCGGCAGGGACCCACAGGGAUCCAUGUAUUAGUGAGCAAUGAGAUGGUGCAAAACUUCCAAGAUGAAUCUUGUUUUGUUAUCAGCACAUUAAAAGCUGAAAGCAAUGAUGGCUACCACAUCAUUUUAAAAUGACCGUGCUGCACAGAAAGACUUUAACAGCCUAAAAUUUAGUGCCUCACUGAGAUUGCUACAACCUAGACUGGAAGCAUGAAGAACCUUCUGGAUAAAAUGCUCCUAUGAACUAAGAAUUACCAAACAGCUUAAGGAAAAACUUGCUUUUACAGAUACACAUUUUUGGUGGUGUGUGGUUUUGUUUUUUUGGUUUUUUUUUUUUGUUUUUGUUUUUUUAAGCUGGAGCUGAGAACAUCCUCAAAGCUUGUACAUGUUUCUUCCUCCCUCCCUUCCUCUUCAGUCUUAAAAAUUGUCGAGGUUUCUGCUUAUUACUUAGAAACAUCUGCCUUGUACUAAAGGGAAAUGAAAGAUAAACAAAAACCAAUUCUCUAGA